AUGUGUAUGGUCUUCUGUCAGAUCCCCUGUCUGAAUGGUGGGCGCUGCAUUGGCAGGGACCAGUGCUGGUGCCCAUCAAACUCGACAGGGAAGUUCUGCCACCUCCCGGCCCCCCCUUCUGCCAGACCCACCCUCAGCCGGAAGGACGGCAGCCUGGCCGGACUUAACUCCUCAUCCCACUCCAUGUACACGCUGCCGCUGUCCAAUCAACAAGUCUCUCUACAUCCGUCCCUGGUGAAUGUCCACAUCCAGCACCCCCAUGAGGCUGAGGUCCAGAUCCACCAGGUAGCCCGGGUCAAGCUUGGCCAGAGACCCCCCGCAGCCGAGGGGGGUCACUCUAUACAGCAGCGCUCCCAAUCUGGCCAUGGCAACGGCAAUGGGCAUGGGUAUGGGCACUCCAAUGGAAACGGACAUGGGAAUGGGCACGGAAACGGACACACCUUUGCCAACGGGAACGGCAGUAGCCACUCCAGACCCCACAACCGGCAGAACGGAUACGUGGGAAGGUGCUUCCAAGAGACCGUCGAUGGACAGUGUGGGAAGCCUCUUCCUGGCCUGACCAAACAGGAUGACUGCUGUGGAAGUGUGGGAGCCUCAUGGGGCCUGAACAAGUGCACAGAGUGUCCAACCAAACCAGCGUAUGCAGUGAUUGCGAACGGCCAAGUGGAAUGCCCCAAGGGUUACAAGAGGGUGAACCUGACUCAUUGUCAAGACAUCAAUGAGUGCCUGAUGAAUGGGAUCUGUAAGAAAGCUGAGUGUCUGAAUACCAGAGGAAGCUACAGAUGCACCUGUAAACCAGGCUACAUGCUGGACCCUGCCAGGAGCCACUGUGUCUCGGACAAGGCUGUGUCGGACCAGAGGGGGAUGUGUUACCGCUCAGCAUCAGCAGGGACCUGCUCUCUGCCCCUCACCCAGCACAUCACCAAACAGAUCUGCUGCUGCAGCCGUGUGGGCACGGCCUGGGGCACGGCCAGUGACACGGCCUGCGAGAGGUGCCCUCUGCCAGACACAGAUCAUUUCAAGGAGAUCUGUCCCGCUGGCCACGGCUACACAUACUCGCGCUCCGACGUGCAGAUCUCCCUGAGACAGCUGGAGGAAGAGGAGCUGAGGAGGACAGGUGUUUCCUGGGAGGCCCAGAACCCUAGCCACCCCCAACUGCCCCAGCAGCCAGCUCAGCCCCCGCAGCAGCUGCCCCACGUCCCACUGACCCCACAGAUCCCACAAUACCCACACCAUCCACAGGAGAUCCCCCAGACCCCACAGUACCCCCACCAUCCACAGCACCCCCAAGAGCUCCCACAGCACUCCCACCAUCCAGAGCAACCCCACCAUCCAGAGCACCCCCAGACACCUCAGAACCCUCAGUACCCUCACACCGUACAACAACCCCGGUACCCUCUCCAUCCAGACCCAGACACACAGCAUCCAGCUGAGGAGACCCACAGCCAGCCACAAGAUGUGGAAAUAUUGAACCCGUCUCCUGUUGCGACAGACUCACCAUUGAAGUACUCCGAUGUGGUAGAGAAAGUCACUCCUGACUCUCCCAUCAACCUGGGGCCUGAGUCUGAUGGCCAGCAUACAGCCUCCAUCAUCGUGGCCACUCAGGUCACAGAUAUUGACAAGUGCGCCAUCACUCCAACCAUAUGUGGCCAUGGGCUGUGCGUGCCAGUGCAGACAGGCUACACCUGCUACUGUGACCCCGGCUACAAACUGAACGCGCUCCAGACCAACUGCAUUGAUGUGAAUGAGUGUGAGGAAGACCCUUGUGGAGGGAAGGGCCGUUGUGUGAACACCUUUGGCUCCUACACUUGCCACUGCUACAGCGGCUACAACCAGGUCAUCACCCAGAACAGGAAGUUCUGCCAUGAUAUAAAUGAGUGUGACAUGGCCAACAAGUGCCAGGAUGGGGACUGUUUCAACACAGAGGGAUCUUACACCUGUGAAUGCAAGAGUGGCUACGCCAAGUCCUGGAGGGGUCAGUGUGAAGAUGUGGAUGAGUGCCAGGACCCCCGCUCAUGCCCCAGUGGAAGGUGUGUCAACGCCCCAGGCUCCUUCCAGUGCCAGGCUUGUGGCCCCGGGUUCAAGGCUGCCAGAGGGAGAUGUCUGGACGUAAACGAGUGUUUGGACCAAUCGGUGUGCUUCCAUGGUAGGUGUGUCAACUCCGAGGGCUCUUACAGCUGUAACUGUUACCAAGGAUACCAGGCCUCUUUGGACAACAACAGUUGUCAAGAUAUGGAUGAGUGUCUGCUCCCUGGUGCCUGCCUCCAUGGCAGGUGUGUCAAUCUGGAUGGCUCCCACAGGUGCAGCUGUAACCCUGGUUACCAAACCACUCCUGACAGCAGGGCCUGUGACGAUGUCGAUGAGUGUGCUACUCCUAAUGUGUGCCCCGGGGGAAUUUGCACUAAUACCGAAGGUUCCUACUCAUGCAAGAACUGCAGCCCGGGAUUCCAGCGAUCAGCGGAUAAACAGAGAUGUGAAGAUGUGGAUGAGUGCUCCCAAACAGACAUGUGUCUAGGAGGGGUAUGUGCCAACACAGAGGGCUCCUUCACCUGCACCAGCUGUAAGGACGGAUACAGGGUUUCCCAGGACAGGCAGAGGUGUGAGGAUAUUGAUGAGUGCCAGUCUGGGUCUGUGUGUGCUAACGGAAUCUGUCUGAACGCUGAGGGCUCCUACUCCUGCAUCACCUGUCCCUCAGGCUACAGCGUCUCCCUUGAUGGAGAGCUCUGUGAAGAUAUUGAUGAGUGUGUGCUGCCCACUACGUGCCCCAAGGGAACAUGCACCAACACAGAGGGUUCUUUCAUCUGCACCACCUGCAGGCCAGGCUACAGAGUGACUGAGGAUGGGCUGGAGUGUGAAGAUGUGGAUGAGUGCUUGGUGGCUAACGUGUGCCCAGGCCAGCUGUGUAGGAACAGUCCUGGAUCCUUCUCCUGCAGGAGCUGUGGGACUGGCUUUACCCUGUCUGAGGAUGGCUCCCACUGCAUGGACAUAAACGAGUGCCUGUCCACAGGGGUCUGUCCCAUGGGCGUUUGCAACAACACAGAGGGUUCUUACUCCUGUAUGACCUGUGACCUUGGCUACACGCUGGCGCCCAAUAAGCUCUUCUGUGAAGACAUCAAUGAGUGUGAGGACAGCGGUCUGUGUCUGGGAGGACAGUGCACCAACAGCCCUGGCUCCUACAGCUGCUCCUGUCCCCCGGGUCUGGAGCUGGUGGAUGGGACGUCCUGCAGAGGCGAUCAGUGGAGAAAGACAGCGGUGGAGGUGCAGCGAGAAGUCAGAGUGGAGAGGUUCCAAGUCCAAUGGCGUGUUGAAGAUGUUAAUGAGUGCAGUAAGGACGGUGUGUGCUCCCAUGGCCAGUGUCUCAACACAGAUGGCUCCUACCUCUGCCUGUGUGAGGCUGGCUUCAAGUACUCUGCAGACACAGCUGACUGUGAGGAUCAGAAUGAGUGUAAGGAGUAUGGUAGCUCGGUGUGUGGCAUCUGGCUCUGUGAGAACACUAUUGGCUCGUAUCGCUGCUUCAUGGGCUGCCAGCCUGGCCUGUAUGGACAGGACAACCCAGACUGUGAUAUCGAUGAGUGUGUGAAUGAGACCAUCUGUGGGGACCAUGGCUUCUGUGAGAAUACAGACGGCUCCUACCGUUGUCAGUGUGACCGGGGUUACACCAACCCCCCUGGUGAUGCCGGGGCCCAUGGCUGUGUAGACGUGAACGAGUGUGAGAUGAGCUCAGCGCUGUGUGGAGAGGCCCUGUGUGAGAACGUGGACGGCAGCUUCCUGUGCAUCUGCCCCAGCGACAAUGAGGAAUUUGAUCCCAUCACCAGCCAGUGCCGACCGCAGGCUGCUACAGAUGAAGAUGCUCCUCCUCAUCCUCCUCCUAAGCCAGCCUCACCCACAGAGGAGCAGAGGAAGGAGUGUUACUACAACCUGAAUGAUGCUAACUUCUGUGACAACGUGCUGUCUCGCAACACGACCAAGCAGGAGUGCUGCUGCACGGUGGGGUCCGGUUGGGGGGACGACUGUGAGAUCCACCCCUGCCCUGUCCCAGGGAGAGAGGAGUAUAACCAGUUGUGUCCACAUGGUAGUGGUCUUCUGCCCCAAGCGGUUUCCUCCCACAGCCUGGAACAGCAGAGUUUCAAAGAUGUGGAUGAGUGUAAGAUGUUUGAGCCAGAUAUCUGUAAGAAUGGCCGUUGUUCUAACAUCUUCUCCUCGUACUCCUGCUUCUGCCGUACAGGCUUCUACUACGACAACAUCCGUCUGGAGUGUGUGGAUUAUGACGAGUGCCUGACAGAGAAGGCGUGUGUCGGUGGGGUGUGUGUGAAUACCCCUGGCUCUUUCAACUGCUUCUGCAGUCCUCCUCUGGUUCUGGACACCACCUGCCGCCACUGCAUCAGCGUCAACACCACCGAGGAGAUUGAUGAGCCUGAUGAGGACAUCCAUCUGGACAUCUGCUGGCGGGACAUGAUAGAAUUGUAUGUGUGUAUCCAGCCCCUCAUCGGAUGGAGGACCACCUACACAGAGUGCUGCUGUCUCUAUGGAGUGGCCUGGAGUGAACAAUGUGCCUUCUGCCCCAGUAGGGACUCUGAUGACUACGCAUUACUUUGUAACCUGCCUAGGAGAAGGGGCUCUGACAGUCUACGAGAGAGGCCAGGCAAUGAGUUCGGCCCUGGUGUCGAGGGUCCUGAAGGGCCCUAUGUCCCCCCCUACUGGGACAACUAUGGAGGAGGGCCCAUUUCUGGGCCUGGGGGUACCUACUACAACCCAGAGGACACCCAGGGCAAUACCAACGACUAUGGCUCACGAGUGAGAGACAGAGAACCGUCACUACGCGUCCCCAUCCACCGGCCAAGAGAGUUCCAGCCUCACCCUGUAGACUCUAACAAUGACCACUAUGAUGGCUUUGAAGGCCUGCGAGCAGAAGAGUGUGGUAUCCUGAACGGCUGUGAGAAUGGCCGGUGUGUGCGCGUGAGGGAAGGUUACACCUGUGACUGCUUUGAUGGAUACGAGCUUGACCUCACCAAAAUGGCCUGCAUCGACAUAAACAAGUGUGAGGACAUCAGUGAUAAAGUGGCGCUGUGUAAGAAUGGGGCCUGUACCAACACUGAGGGGUCGUACAAGUGCACCUGCCUGCCCGGCUUCCAGGCCUCCGCCAAGCCCCAUGAAUGUAUCCCAGAGGUCCCAUUGUCUGGCCUCAGAGAGAGUGGCUGGAAACUGAGAGUGUAACUGUUGGGAGGUUCUACUCUCCUCCCUCCACCACCCCUCAUCCCCGCCCUCUCACGGGGCCUGGCACUAAACCUCCAAGAACGCUGAAACGUCCACGCUUAUCCCCUAAACACACACACCGACACACAUACAAUUCUAUUCAUUGGCUUUUUCAUAUUUUCUUUCUACCACACACAUACUCAUUCACAUUUCCACAGGGGACCAGAAGCUAUGCAGUGAAUGUAUUCCAUGGGAUAUCCUAUUUCUUAAGAUUUGCAUUUUGCCUUAAAGGGAUUUUAUGAGGACUGACCUUUUAUUCAGUGACCCCAGACAGUUUGCUAUGCAUACAUACAUAUUUUAUGCAUUGUUUUUCUCCUCCAUUUCUCUUUUGGGUUAAUUAUUUAUUUCAUGUACAUGACAAGGCUCUGCAAAGUUACAAUGAAAACCAUUUCAGAGGGCAGAUAUGAUUUAUAUUGUCUUAUUUGUCAGACCUAUAGACUUUACUAAUGAUGAGGGGAAACAGUGUGAAUUGUUUUUGAAGUUGGAUAACUAAACCUGGAGGAAGCUGAUUGCUUGCCACAUGUUAUUCAUAUUGUAACAUAAUAAUCACAUUGCUAUACAGGGAGUCACUUUGAAACCACUUUUUACUUGUAUUUGGGAUGCUUUUGUGGUCAGCGAGGCCUAGAAAAAGAACCAACCACUUCUCCCACUGGUCUUCUGUGUUUCUCUGGGUCUUGAAAAACCACUUGGACUUGCAUAACAGUCCUUAGUCCUCAUCCUUCAAGCUAAAAAGGUUCCAAUGGUGGCAAGGUAGUCUCAAGAGCAAGAACUGGGAUCAAACAAGGUCCAGCUCAUCUUCAUAGGCUGUUACGAUGUUGCUUCAAUCUGUCACCAGUACAAAAGUAUACUGAAGAAAAAGAGGGCAUUGAGUACGGGCUUGGAAAGGCUGUAAAUGUAUAUGAUGGUCUAUGAUAGAUAUGUAAUAUGUUUGUAUAGGGUCCACUAGCACUCUCCCACUAGUCAGAGUAGAAGACACGUACAAUAUCCCGUGGCAAAUUCUCCUUACAUUCAACCACACAUUCACAAUUGACAUCAGAUCCCAUGUAAGAACAUUCCCAUUGAUGCAUCUCUGAAUGUGAGUAAAGGCUUUGUUGAAAAGGUUUGGGAUAUUUUGUACAGAUCUAGUACUAUGUAUUAAUUUUUUGUUACAUUCUAAUAAUGCAUAUAGUGCAACCAAUAUUUUUGUUUGACAAAAAAAAAUCCAGCAUUACAGCUUAGCCAUAUGUAGAUUUAUAUAUAUUUCUGUUAAAAUGUUUUUAAACAUAUCUUUGUAUGAGAAAAGUGGUUUACACUGUACCAGAUAAAGUAUACGUAUCCUGCCCUGUGGAGCAGACAUUGAAAUGUAAUUUUAGGGGAAUGGCAGCACUGUUUUCAACACAAUGUGGUGCCAUUGAUCGUACAAGUACAAUACAAAGACACAUGCCUUUUAAAAUACAACCAUUAUCUGUUGUGCCAUUAAAACUAAACCUUUUUUGCCUUUCAAAUAAUCUUACUGGGAUCAGCAUGUCAUUCUAGUGAUGUUUUUCAAUAAAUUUAGUGAUCACAUUCAGCAUUUCCAAUUAAAAAUAAACAUUGUCCUUUGCAUUCAAGUCACUAGAAACACAUGAUUGCUGAUUGGUCAUGUUCUCAAACUUUCCAUUCAGAGAGAUCUUGCCAGAACCUAUCUUAUACAUAUUUGGAGGAUGCCUUCUUUCAAUGACUGAUGCCCUUGCCCUGUAUUCAAAGAGAUGUUUAUGGUCUGUACUCUAUCUAUACUGUAUGAUUCAUUCCUCCACAAGUCUUACAUUGAUGUUAUACAAAUUGUGAACAUGUAUUUUGAUAUUACUUAAUAAGGCUUUGUAAACCACAAGUUGUGGUGUAGGCUGUGGUCUAUGAAAAUAUCAUGUUCAUUCCUUUUGUUUACCUCUAAACUAUAGUUACUAAUCAGUCAUCAAAAUAAAAUGUGAAAAUAUCUA